UUGUACAAAAUCAGUGAACAUGGCAUUUUAAAUAUACUGGUUUCACUUGAAAAAUCAUUUAUCAUCUGCUAAACAAUCUGAAUUAUAAAUGCAUACUGUAGUUGCUUUGGAAGAAAACAAAGUAAGACUGUGGAGACAUCCUGCUUGAAACCAUACAGACAUAAAAACAAAGAGAGCAGAGAGUCCUCAAUAUACAUAUGACUGACUCUUAGCAAAGCAUACAGAGAUCUCAUCUUCUGACUGCAGACCACAAGGGAAGCUAUAAAAAGAUUGUUAAAUCACUGGGUUUGUAGCAACAUGUACAAAAAACAUGUAAAGACUAACAGAUAUUUCCUAGAUUUGAUAUUCUAUGUUAUGUGCAAUCAGUUUAAUAGAAUAUUAUGUGGCCUGUUUACAUUGUCCAUGGUGAAGGUUUUGCGUGGUAAAAUAAAGUGGUGCCUCAUGGUUUCAGAUACAAAGUGAUAGUAGAAAUAUGGUCUUAAACCUCUGACAACCUCUUCACACUAAUUUCAAGUAUUUCAGGUCAUUGUGGACAAAACUGUAGGGCUGUAGACAACCAAAGAAAAUCUUGGUGGACUGAACCUACUCUUCAACCAGUCAAUUGGUCUAUGGCAGUGGUUGGGCCAGCACCCCCCUAUCCAUUAUCCAGGUCCCUUACUGUCCCCCAUCAAAUAAAAUGUAGGCUAAUUGUCUCCCCUGAAUAUUAAUGUUGAUUAUUAUUUUGUGUAAUAUCAUAAAAAAAUGUUAUUAUAUGCCAAAUAACAGAUUGAUUUAACUGGGCAGUUGGAAUAUCAUUAUCAUUAGUUUCCCAUGCAGGGAGCAAAAAAGCCAUAUGAAUAGAAAUUAUAUUUAUGAGUGUUAAACAAAUGCAACAGUUAGAAAUUUGACACUCAAACAAGAAGAAUUCUUAUUAAUUGUUCCAACAGAAAACAAGAGCAGCCUACCAAAGAAAAAGUCUGAGGCUACUGGAAAAAAGCAGAAGGAAAUGUAUCCAUAGCUAAAGUGUUCAACAGAAUGCUGGCGGCAUUUUUUCUUGUUCUGCGCCAUUUUGCUGAUAUGAUAUGAUUAUUGUUGAUUUAUGAUGCUAUUCAGUUGAUUAAAUAAUUGGACCUGUAGUGGUCAAAUAAAAUAACCAGCUCAAGAGCCCACUGGGGUUCCAGUUGGGGGGGGUUGGGGGUCAUCCCCCAAGAAAAUUUGAUGUUAUUUGACUAAAAACUGUGCAUUUUCACACAAUUUUGAACUAUCAUCAUUACAAUAUUUAUUUAAAAAACACACUGUGUGCCAUAAAAAAUAAUAGCCACAAAACAUUGGUAAAACAGGCUUAGAGUGAAUGUAUUUGAACUGUGAUUUUCUCAUCCUACCAUAGUCAGGCUAUGACCAAUAACCAGCUGUAGAAACCGCUAUGGUUAGAAUUUUAUCUUUAUCUUAUCCACAAACAAUUUAUUUGUCCCAUUUUGCACAUAUCACAGAGAUACAACAGACUGCAUUAAUGCCAUCUCACUACUUUUUAUUUCCUUGUUGGAAUGAAAGGCAUACAUCAAACUUUAUGAUCCAACAGAUAAAGAUUUACACUGUCUGUUAAUAUUUGACUUUUGCCCCAAGUUUUUUCAUUCCAAAGUUCAGAGCUGCUGUUCUGCAAUCAGAUUUACUUAAAGAACACUUCAUGUUAGAGAUGAAUACAGAGAGUUGAGGCUGUUUGUGAAUCAGCAGACCUUAAAAACCUCCUGCUGUGAAUUACAUGUUUGUUCUUCUUCAGGUUGGUUUCCUGGUUGAAGCUGCUGAUUAAUUUCACCUUCACUCAUCAGUUUGAUUCAGAUCAUUUUCAGCAUCUAAAGAAGAAGAAAACAGACUGAAAUGAAAGCGUCACUCAAAGCACUCUUCUGUAAAUACAUCUCAGCUGUUGGAAUGGAGAUCUCAGCAGUGUGAAGCAAAAGGCUAAAUUAAAGGACAUCAGCUCAAUAGGACCUUUUCCCUGCAAGAUGGCCUCCGUUAAUACUGACUACUGUCCUCUCAUCCAGAAGAUGAUAAAUAUCAGCGCUUCUCCAUCAAACCAAACAACCAAAACAAGUUCCUUGAGUGUUUUUACCAUUUCCCUGCAUGGCUUGUUCUCUACCAUUGGCAUCCUGGAAAACCUCCUCAUCCUCGGAGUAGUGGGCUUUCAUGUCCGCCGCUCUGUCAUCAGCAUUUGGAUCCUUAACCUCGCAGCCUCUGACCUGCUGGCCACUGCUUCACUGCCCUUCUUCACCCUCUACAUGGCCAGUGGUAACACCUGGACAUUGGGCACAACCUUCUGCCGCAUCCAUUCCUCCAUUUUCUUUCUCAACAUGUUUGUCAGCGGCUUCCUGCUGGCAGCCAUUUCUAUGGAUCGCUGCCUUGUUGUGUUGAGACCCGUCUGGGCCCAGAACUACAGGAACAUCCAACUAAUAGGGAAGAUAUGUUGUGGGAUUUGGGCCUUGGCUGUGCUCUGCACUAUCCCCUUCUACAUAUUCCGUGACACCAUUCCCCUACGCAAUAACAAAGUCCUCUGUUACUACAACUAUGCUCUACUCCUCCCUAGUGAGCCCUUUGACCUGAAAUCUUUAUGUAAGCAGCGUGGGAAGAGCUUGGCCUUCAUGAAGCUCUUUCUAGCCUUCCUGAUUCCUCUUCUAAUCAUCAUCCUCAGCUAUGCUGCCGUGAAUACCAGCUUGGCACGCAGAGGCUGCCGGCGCUCUUUUCGUUUUGUCCGGCUCGUAGUGGCCGUGGUGGUGAGCUUUGUAGUCUGCUGGGCUCCGUACCACUUCUUCAGUGUUAUGGAGGUGGUGGCCCCCAGUCGGCAUCCUGCACAGACAUUUGCAAGCAAAGUCCUCCCAAUUUCAGCCACUAUUGGCUUCCUUAACAGUGUCCUAAACCCCUUUCUAUAUGUGUUCAGCUGCCCUGACCUGUGCAAUAGGAUAAGACAUUCUUUAGGCGCGGUGAUGGAGAGUGUUCUGGCUGAGGAUCUGGCAGAGCUGGCCCGGCGCCGCAGCACCAUUCGCACCUCUGUCAGCACAACUGGGGCUGUGUUUAGGCAGAGAAAUUCCAUUCAAAGCACGAGCCUGAAAACAGAGGAGCAAGAGCAGGGGGAAGAUCUGGAUAACCCUGCUCAGAACUUAACGUAAACAUACCAUGAAU